CAUGUAAGGGUUACAUUGAAGACGAUUAAAUCAGAAGAAUCGUGUUCCUACAUGUUGAUGAGGCGUGUGUAGUUGCCUCCCACUUCAACUCUACAGCAGGAAGUGAUGACAAGUCUGCCACUUGGAACGCAACUAAGGUGCCUUUUCCUCUCUCCGUGGCCAUGGCGGACGCCUUUGAAAAAGCCGUAGAAGAGGUAAAAGUGCUGAAAACGAAGCCCGGGUAUGAAGACGUAAAUGAACUGUACGGGUUGUACAAGCAGGUUACGGUUGGCGAUAUUAAUUGUGAACGUCCAGGGAUGCUGAAUUUGUUAGGAAAACGAAAAUGGGACGCGUGGAAUGCAAAAAAAGGUAUGUCCAAAGAGGAAGCGAUGGCUGCCUACGUUGAGGUGGUGGAGAAGUUAAAGGACAUACAGGGAAUGUAAAACGCGUUCCCCACUAAUGUUUGUUCGUUUCUAUAUGAUGUGAUACUCAAAUGGGGGAGGAGCGGAGGGUAUAAUGAUUUUUUAAUCUGUAUCCUGAAGCAUUGUCCAUGUCCAUUUGUAAAACAUUUGAAUGCUUCAACAGCUAAAUCUGUCAUUUGCAUCAUAUGAACCCAUUCAAGGACAAUGGAAGGGAAGGGAAAUUGAUACUGAAAACAACCACUGACGGCAAUAGACGUCCAAUCCGUUGCAACUGUAAGCGAUCUCCUCCUCCUCUUAGUUAAAAUGGAUUGGACGCCUAAUGCCGUCAAUGCUAAGAUAUAUGAAACUCACAAAUGAUUUAUCUAUAGAUAUAUAUAUUAAAAAUAAAAAUAAACGCAAGCCACGCUGA